CUGAAGAGCCCCUUUUCGAGCCGUUGUGGGUAUGUCACACCCCUUUUGGUGGUGGUGGGUGGGGACACUGGGGACACCAACAGUUCACUAACAGAGCCGCGCUGCCCGGUGAGCACGAGUCUGCUAAGCCAUGUUUUCCUGCCGUGUUCUUGGCCACCUGCAAACCCACAUUGGCAGACGAUGUGGUGGGUCGACGGGCGGAUCUCGUGCAUGGAAGGAGCGAGGCAGGGAAUUCGAUUAAUUACGCGUCUCCCUUCUGUCCUCCCUCUUGCCCUUAUCCACCGAGAAGUUGCAAACUCCAUGUUUCUUCAAACCCUCGUCCCGCCACAGUGACUGGGAUGGCCAAGCCUCAAGCCUACACCUCGACGGCCAUGCUGGCUGGCACAUGGCAGGACUCGCUCAGUGUGCCUGCCGCCAUUCGAGACAGGGCUCGCCGAUUAUAUCAUUCGACCAUUGCGCGGGUGAUAUUCUUCCUCGCCGCGGUGGUCGUCCUCGGGCUUGGCCUCUCGGCGUUGUGGACAAACGUGCUUUGCCGCAUCCAUCUCCACCGUGACCUCUCAUGGUAUGGGCUUGGGCUCCGUGGCCUUGCGCCAUCAAAGAAGCUCGUGUCUUUAAAGGCCCGGACGCCCUCGUUUGAGUUCCCCCGUUGGGACGCGCGAUGCAGCCAGGAGAACAUAUUCCUCGGUUGGAGGGGCCAUGAAGUCGACGAGCCGGGUGCUGUUAUCCUGGACAGCAGGGGCGAGCUGGUAUGGCGGCAGACCGGGUCCGAGAUCGAUCAGAAUGAUGUGAGGCCUCAGAUGUAUCGUGGCGAGAGGUUCCUCGCCUUUCAGAUGGACGGACCCAAUGGAAACAAGACCCAAGGAUACUGGUAUAUGAUGGACCAGUCUUAUACUAUCAGGCAUCGGGUGCGACCGCACGGGUUUCCCCAUGCCGAUAUGCACGAGUUCCAGAUCACGAGCGAUGACACAGCUGUCAUCAUCACGACCAUUCCUAUCCCAUACGACCUCCGCAGCGUCGGUGGUCCAGAACAUGGAUGGCUCGAGAACUGUUACUUUCAAGAACUUGACUUGGAGACUGGGGAGCUUCUCUUCGAGUGGUCGUCAAUUGACCACUUCGCGCCGAACACAACGAUGGAACCUCAGGACAACUGUGUCACCGACCCUCGGGCCAGAUUCGCUGGCUGCGGCGAUGACAAGGACUCUGCCUUCGACUACUUCCACCUGAACAGCGUUGAAAAGGACUCCAAGGGCAACUUCCUGAUCUCUGCCCGUAACAUCUGGGGCAUCAGCUACAUCGAUGGGCAGAGUGGCGAUGUUCUCUGGACUCUAGGCGGCGGAGAGGUGAACGACUUCAAAGACCUCUCAGAUGGUGCUGGGCUGGACUUCUCAUGGCAGCACUUCGCGAGGUGGAUUGAAGAGGGCAGAACGCUGUCUUUCUUCGACAACCACUAUCACCGACUCGGUGACCCUGAUGGGGACAGCGGUGGCCGCGUGGUCGAUCUUGACAUCCCGAACCGCACCGUCCAGCUGAGGAAGGCGUACACCCAUCCUCACCACAUCAGAUCAGAGUCACAGGGCAACAUUCAACACCUCGAUAACGGCAACUUCAUGGUCGGCUGGGGGAGCUCAGGUGCUUUCACCGAAUUCGCAGCCGACGGAGAGGUGCUGUGUGACGCCCGUUAUGGUGCCGAGGCCUUCUUCGACUUUAGUCCAGUGAGUUCUUACCGCGUUUUCCGUGGCCAGUGGACCGGUAGACCACGAUACCCACCCAGCCUCGCUCUUGACAGCGGGACAGCCUACGUCAGCUGGAAUGGUGCGACCGAAGUGACGAAGUGGCAAUUGGAAGUCAAGAAUGACAAUUCACAAACUGUGCAUGUCCUCGCGCAGGUUUUCAAGGACGGGUUUGAGACGCUGAUUCCUCUCCCAACCACUGCAGCCAAUUCGCUGGUUCGCGUUGUGGCGUUGGAUGCCGAGGGUCGGAUAUUGGAUGCAUCAUCCUUCUCGGAGGUGCCACGUUGGAGCAGAUUUGGCACAACAUUGAAUACGCUUAUAGUAUACGCGCUCCUUAUCGUCUUCGUGACAUCCAUGUGUGGUACGAUGAUCUGGUGGACAUAUGUGAAGGAACACGAAUAUACGAGCAAAGGAGGGUACAAAGAGGUGGGGAAACACUUGGAUAACGUAUAA